GUCUGGUGGGGAGGUUUUGUUGAUCCGUUGCCAGGGCGCGAGCUUACGGCCGGCGGUUGGGCCCCGCCCCCUUUAUUGUUGCGGUGGCAACAAAAACCGCUGCCACAGCGGAAUAAGUCAUAGAGCUGGCGGUACCGAGAGGAUUCAGAGCGGCGUUUGGGAUCCGAGGAGGCAGGCGGGCCAGGAGCCCACGCUUGCCGAGAAGAGUCAAAACUCAACAGCAGGGUUAGGCUCCGCAGGACAAGAGUAAGGAUGUUUAAGGUAAACCUGUCAUCAGAUUCCAAGGAGGCAGCAGUCAUUGAAUCUAAAAGAAAUCGAGAAAAGGAACAGCAGAGCCGAUUCUUCAAUGUGCGGAACCGAGUCAUGGGGGUGGAUGCUGAAGCACUGAACAGCCAGGUGGAAGAUCGAAAACUUCGGGAAGCAACCGAGAGGAGCAGGGAGGCAGCUUAUGGUACCAGCCAGGUGCAGUAUGAUUUGGUAGCCCAGAUGCUCGAGAAGGAACAGGCAGAACGCACACGUCGACUAGCUAAGAAAGUCCAGGAAUUUCGGAAGCAGAAGCAGCAACUUAAGAACAGACGUGAAUUUGACCUCUGGGAUCCAGACCAACUCUGGAAGGAGUUUCCAGCUCGCCUCAAUGACAACGAUCCCCACUGUGGCCCAGCCAGCCUGCAGUGCUUCUCUGGGGAGGACCUGGACAGGACCACAUGCCUGAGAAUGCAGCAGGACCAGUUGAGAUACAACCUGGAAAGGCAGCUGCAUGAGCAACAGCAAGCCAGGGCUGAGGAAAAGUGUUCAGAUAUGCUCAGUGACCAGCUGCGCCUAGCCAUGGACAUGCGGGCCACCCACCUGGCCAAGCUGGAGGAAUCCUGUCGCAUCGCCAUGAUGUCUGCCAUGGCCAAUGCCAACAAAGCCCAGGCAGCUGAACAGGCUGAGCCAAAGCGCCUUGAGCAUCAGCGCACUCAGGAGGCCAAUCUCAUGGAGAUCCAGAACCAGAUCACAAGUGAUCUACUAACCGAGAACGCCCAGGUUGCCCAACGCCCUCUAGCACCCCAUCGACUCCCACCCUAUUGCUGGAAGGGCAUGACUACAGAACAGCGAGCCGCCAUCAGGAAAGUCCAAGAGGCACAGCACCGUGAAAAAGAGGCACAGCGCCAGGCUGAACAAGCACUGGAUGCCGAAUGGGAAAGCCAGACCAUUCGCUCAGCACAGGCGGCCCUGGAGCUGGAGCAGCAGGAGAGGGAACUCUGUGCUGAAUUUCGGAGGGGGCUUGGUUCCUUCAACCAGCAGCUGGCUAAGGAGCAGAAGGCCCACCAAAAUUAUUUGAAUUCAAUAAUCUACACCAAUGAACCUACAACUCAGUAUCGCCUACCGUUCAACACCAGCAGCCGUUGAGCUCAGCAUGGUCCACUCCCCCUUCUUUCCAUCAAGCUUACAAUCAAGAGGAAAAUGCUGCAUACCUUCAGCCCCAUCAAUUUCCCAGUAGGAGGGAAGUGAUCCAGUACCCCCACAAUCUGUCCUAGAUAAUAAACUUACUGAAAUCAA